GGAAACCCCCUUUUGACAAUCCUUGACACUCUGGCACAAUCGCGGGAUCAUCUAAUGUGUCGAUUAUUUGCUAUACAGUGAAAUCAGAAACCAUUCAAUUGUUAUUGUUUACUAUUUCUUAUCACCGAUCGAAAUUCUAAUCUUGUACUCAAGUUAAAAAAUUGAUCAGAAAAAUAAAUCUUUCGACAGAGUUAAUCAAAUUCAUGGACAUUUAUGUUGAUCAAUGGUUUUUUUGUUACAUUGCAACGAUUUAAGGCUAUUUAUUGAAGUCUCUUCUAUUCUCGCUCCACAUUUUUAUCAUGUUCUUUGCUUCACAUACCCAUAAUAAUGACUUGGAAUCCGUUGCCUCGCAAAAAUUAUCUAAGUAAAAGGCCAACACCUGCACAACCACUUCUCACCCAAUCUGAGGAUCGAGAAUUGGAUAUUGCUGUCCAACGUCUCAUGCAUGUUGAAGACACGAUAAGGAAAUUGAGGAAGGAAGCAAAGCGCUAUAUCGAGGCGAUAUCAAAUUUGGACAAAGCGGAUCAGCGUUUGAGUUCUGAUUUAAGUACAUGCGGAUUGGCACAUAUGAACGACGAUUUUCGUAUAACGGUGGAAAACUAUCAUUCAAUAACUACGCAAAUCGGAAGGACAGUGCACGAUUUGACACCGUUAUUGAGCGAAACGUUUGUAGAGCCGUUGAAAAAGUUGUUGAGCAAAUUCGUCAUUGUCGCCGAGGCGAUUGAACGACGCGAAACUUUGGUCCACGCUUGGGAAUAUUCGUACGAACGUGUGAAAAAGCUUCAGGAUAAACAGGACAAGAGCGCGAGUCACGUGGCAAAAUUAGAGCGCGAAAGAAGAUCCGAGGAAAGAGCUGCCAAAGAAUUGCGCGAUGUGCACUCGAGGUUACUCGUCGAGUUGCCUUGGUUUCUUCAAAAACGUUUGGAUUACAUAAAACCAAGUAUCCACGCCCUGAUUAUGAUACAGCUCAAUUAUUAUGGUCACGCGAUGGAACUAUACACCUCAUUGAUGCCUGCCAAUGAAAAUUCUGAUGCUUUGUCAUCAGGCGGUACCAGAAAUUCUUCACCAGGUAGUACCAAUAUGAAUGAGGAACACUUUCAGUCCUCCGUUACCUCUCAAAUCAACCGAAUAAGAAGCCUUACAAUUGUGAAGGAUCAUUGA